AUGUCAUUCAUCAUGGAACGAGGCCUGGACAAGGAGAGCACGCAACCUGGCACGCGACCUGGCUGGUUUCCCUGGCUACAAUACAAUCUACCCCGCAAUUUUAACCUUCAGUGCGACUUCAUCCCCUUCCUGGUAAGUAGCAUAUAAAUGAACCUAUUCAAUUUCUCAUGUGAAGUUUACGUUUGAUGAAGUUGCUAGCCAUAAUUCCUCUGUUUAUCAACAAAACAUAGAAGCCCAACUGUAUUGCAAUUUUUGUAAAUGUAAAAAAAAAAAAAGAACGGCAGUAUAAACAUUUAAGAACAGGAGGCAUAUUAGCUAGCUAUAGCUAGCAUUGUACAGUGCAUGCGUUGGCCAGCCUGCCAGAUUUGAGCGGGCUUAGCUAGUAAAUGUAUCUAGUGUCCGAUUUCCUGCUUGCAGGACUCGAAAUUUAGCAAGAUGAGCACCAGUAGUAGUCUGUAAUAUCAGGCAGAAUAGUUGACAUAAUUUCAGAUGGGCUGGUUAGACUAAGAAAAUCAAUGUCUUCUAUAACUACUUUUAUAUGCUCUUGUUCACUUCUUUUUUUAACCUUCUGUUGCAGCUCCAUUAAACCCAUUUGCCCUUCUCCAAAACCCACCACCUGUUUGAUACCAAACCAACCCAAAGGCUCUUUUAAGAACCACAUCUUUCUUUCCUGCUCUAUUGCUCUCUCUAUCUCUCUCUUUCUGUGUCUGUCUGUCCAAUGAUGGCGUCCCAACGUCCAUCAGAUAAUUUCAACCAACGGGGCAGACUCACUGCGCUCUCCAUCAAGCAAAAACAUUUUUUAAGUGAAGCGAGGGUUAGUGCUUUUACAAUAAUUCUACAUUUAAGUUGCUAUGAAGUACCAUUAUACAGUAGCAUUUCAAGGAUCACAGUCAAACUAUAUUUUUUACAGAAACGGAGUGAUGGAGCAUCCGGAGAGGCUACUCCACCGAUUAAAAGGGGAUGUGUAGUUGGUCCACGAGGCAAGCCUAGGGGAAGAUGUGGUGGGCGAAGGCAGGGCUCAACCACUGGAACUCCUUCCAGUGCAGAGGAAUCCUCUCCGGAGCUCCAAACUCAAGAAGAAUUUGACCGAAACAUGGAGAAACUUUCGGAAAUUCUGAAGUCUUGCCCAGUUGCAAUGCCAACGGAGUCCCCACAAACCUUUUCAUCUUGGCCCUCACGUCACCUGACAGCACAAGAGCAUUGGGAAGAAGCUCGGCCAUUUCACCUGAAAUGUCUUCUGGACUCAGAGGAUGUUGGCCAGGAACUGUGCUACAUCUGCCAGAAGACUGCUGUCAUACGGUGCAGAGAUUGUCUUCCUGAGGAGUGGCUGUGUGAGGCAUGUGAUGUCCACAUUCAUAAAAGAUGGCCACUCCACAACAGAGACAGUGUGGUAGAUGGAUUCUUCAGAGCCAUUCCUCCAUCCACCUAUCUAGCUAUUGGUGAAGCUGGGCACUACACCACCCAAGAGCAAGCUUGCAUUUUACCCACAGUGCGUGCUCCUAAAUUGUGUUCCUGUGAGGUCGCCAACGUCACUGUGUUGGCUGGAAGAGCAGUAAUCCUCAUUACCAUGAAUGGACGUUAUGACUUGCACAAACCUGUGUAUUUGUGCAAUAUCUGUAUGCAAAAGUGGACCCCAGAAGUCAGGGACCUGAUCAAAAGUGGUUAUUGGCCAGCUACAACACUUUCACAGACCCUAUACUCUGUUGACCUCCUAAGCUCAUUCCAGGAGCUGAAGGGGAUCUCUCCAGGCUUGUCCAGGCAGGCCUUCACAAAAUUGCUUGAACAUCGCACACAGCGUGCUGGAAGAUCUGGUCAAAUCAACGGGGAUGCACUGCAGCGGAGCUUUCUGGAGUUUAUGUACUGUUCCUUUCAGAAAGAGCAGCUCUGCUGUGUGACCCCAUUCACCUGUCCAGCCUGCACACCACAAACAGUUGCCGUGUCAGUGGAUGGUAACCGUAAGCUUUACCGCUUUCAGCGAUCAGGAAGCUCUGAUGAAGCUGCAUUUUUUGAUGGUCUGUUCCUUGCAAAGGACAGAGAGGUGGCAUGUUUUGUUGACCUCAUCCACAGUGCUGUAAAAAGUUUUUACCACACACAAGUGUUAAGCUAAUACAAAGUUUUAGAUUUCAUUGUUAUUGAAUUUAUUUAUUGAUGAAUUGUCUUCACAGACUCAAGGGAGGGGCACAUGUGGUGCCUCACAGUGGACAGCCGCAAGGGAGACUUCCAGGAGGGCCAACAAGCUGGAUGAGGAAGGUGUUGAGGUGGCUGUGUGUCGCCACGGAUAUUUGCUGAAAGGCCUCAGCAUGUACAGGGGGGAGAUAUUUGCAUACCCACUGUAUCUACAGAAAGAGCUACAUGCCACCGAAAACAUCAGGUUCUUUGCAAUGGACGUUGCUUGCAAAUACUGGCCCUACCUAGAAAAGGUGGCUGGUGUUGUGUCAUCUCUCCAGGGGCUCCUUGAUAUGAAGCCCUUCCUCAGCAUCAUGCAUGCGAGAGCCCAUGCCACAAAGUGUGAGAUCAAAUGGAGUGGAAGGAACCAGAGCGGAGCAGGCACAACCGCCGGUGAAGAAGUUGAGCAAGUCAACAGUUUCCUCUCCCGUUGUGCCCUGACAACCAAGUACAUGUCCAAAUCAGCACGUGUGGACAUGCUGACGGUCCAUGCUAUGGUGUGGAACAGGUACAAGGGUGAAACUCUUCACCAGGCCCUCUCCACAAGAUAUGUGAAGACUUGUCAAAGGGCUGUGGUUGAGGCAGCAAAACUGUCCGAGCUCAAGGCGGAGCUACAUUGCUCCGACCAGUUGGCACUGGAGUGGGUUGCUGAUGUUCAGGAUUGGGCAGUAAGCGAUAAGGAUGGCACCCCUCCCGUGAGCCCUUUUUUAGGGAUAAUCUGUGUUCUAGGCAGCAGCACUACACUUUAUUACUGACUGUUCACGGUUAACUAAACAUAAAAGUUCACAACAAACUAAAUUACUACUGUGAUAAUAGACAACAUACACCGAAUGCUUUUUCAUCACAUACUUAUUUUUUUGUAGAGCAAACCAGUACCACAAACCCUGACCUUCAGACUCUGCAGCAGUCCAUUGAAGGGCUUCAAAUGAGUGUGCAUGCUAGAAAACAAAGCCUCUACCGUCAGAAUGGUAUGUGGGCAUUCUUUUCUUUAAAAAAACUUAGGAUCAGCCUGCGAUUUUGUAUUUAGACCAAUAUUGACCCCCUUUAUAUCAUACUGGAACCAUGUUCGAAGAUUAUGAUGUAAAAUAAUGUUAAGUAAAUAUAAAUACAGUCAAAUGUUGACUUUUCGAGUACUGAUACAUUUUGUCUUUCAUAAAAGACCAAUGAAUGUAUAUUUGUCAUAUUGAGUGAUUUAAAUGUAACUGAGGACAAAAAUCUUCUCCAAAAAUGAGUUUUUAAAUAGAAAGGAAAAUGAAACUACAUUUCCCAGGACCCCGCCAAUGUGUUUUACUGCUAUAUGCGCCAUAUUUGUAGUCCAUGUAAAUUAACUAUGGUAAUCAUUUUAGUUAAGUGGAGCGCAAUGUUGGGAUAGCUACUCAGAAAAAGUAACAAGUUACUUCUGAAAAUUCUAACUACUUUACUUUACUAGUUUCUGCAUUUGAAAAGUAACUUCGCUACUAGUUAGGCCUACUUUACUUUACAUUUUUUAAGCAAAUGUCCAAAUUUACCGCAAAGAUACAUGGACAAACAUCAUGGCCCAUUCAUUACUUUAUUUUUUUGUGUAGGCUUGGCCUACUCAUAUCAUGGUGUACUGUAUGGCAAGAUUAGUUCGUAGCUAUAUUUAACCAGUUUGGUUUGUCAUCAUGUGUAAUUUCGCAUAAUUAAACACAUAUUAUUAGAAACUAUCCGAUUACUUUGUUUUGUUUGGAAUCUCGUUUGUUUAAAGAACGACAGUUAGCUAUCAUUAGCUUUCAGCUAACUCAGGGUUCCCCAUUUGUGUGCAACUUCCCAUUCAUUAGGUGCGUUCGACUUGGACUGGCAUCAUGCAGCGCCGCAGACUUGAAGCAGCCAAUGGCAUUCUCAGAUU